UAGCCAAAGGCCUAAACAUGGAAGUAGAACCAACUGAAAGGCAAGUAGACAAGGCCUAGAGAAAAGAAACUUCGGUUGAUAACUUGAUGUGUCAGGAGCCGAAGAGAAGACGAGGCUAUGGCGACAUUUGAUUCACAGGAAAAUACUGAUAAUGGACUUUCUGCAGCAAUUCUGUCAGAUUCUGAAAUGAAAAAACAGUCUAAAGAUGUUGACUCUGGUACAUUGCAACCAGAAGUUGACACAUCACCAGUGGGAGGAGACACAAAUUCACCAGUAGAGGGCGCUACAGCUUCACCAGUAGAUGGUGCCACAGCUUCACCAGUAGACAGCGCUACAACUUCACCAGUAGAGGGCGCUACAGCUUCACCAGUAGAUGGCGCUAAAGCUUCACUAGUAGACGGUGCUACAGCUUCACCAGUAGACGAUGCGACAGCUUCACCAGUAGAGGGCACUACACCUUCACCAGCAGGUGUCGCUACAGCAGCACCGAUAUCGGUGGUAGAUAAAGUUUCACCGGCAGGUGAUGCCAAGUCCAAUGUGAACAAUGAUACAGUGCAAAGAAUCCUGGGCACGAUCUUUGGACAAUGUACUGGGGACACCAUUGGACUGCUUACAGAGUUUUUAACAAAGAAAGAAUGUGAAACGUACUACAAGACAGUGAAAAAAGACCUAGAAUUCUUCCACAAGGUGAUUGUUUGUGAUGGCCAUCGCACACGAUGGAAAGUUGGCGACUGGACAGACGAUUCUGACCAGAUGAUACUUAUAUUGCUGUCACUUAUUGAGAAGCAAGGCAAGGUUGAUGUAUUUGAUUAUGGAAGACGGAUAAAGAACUGGUCACAGAAAGGAUUUGCUGAGUUAGGAGAUUUUGUCGGAAUGGGCCAAGGGAAGACAACUCUGACUGUACUCAGAAACCCAGAAUAUGUGAACGAUCCACAUGCUGCCGCCGACCUGGUGUGGACGGCUAAUGGUAAAGUUAUGGCUCCCAAUGGAGCUGUGAUGAGGACAAGUAUCUUGGGGGUCCACAUGUAUGAAGAUAUUGACCUGGUGGUAAAGAAUGCCAUUGCCAUUGCAAGAACAACUCAUGCUGAUCCAAGGUGUCAGGCAUCAGCCGUGGCUGUUUGUGUGGCUAUAGCCUUGCUGUUACAGCGACAGCCGAAACAUUUGGACAAGAAAGGGAAUUAUAACAUAAAAGCAAUCAUCAGUGAUUGUUACGACCAUGCAUCAAAGUGUCUGGAAACAGAAAAAGAGAAAAAAGAACUGAAGACAUAUCUGAAGUGUACAAAGCUGAAAGAUUUAAAACUGGAUGAAAGCCAAAAAAUAGGAUACACUUACAAAUCCAUGGGGUCGGCUUUCUGGGCUUUAAAGCAAACAAAUUUCAGGGAGGCGAUUACAGAAAUAGUAAUGGAGGGAGGGGAUGCGGACUCCAAUGCCUGUGUAGCCGGUGCAGUAUUGGGAUGUAAAUAUGGUGUGGGGUCGAUACCUUCCUGCUGGACACAUAAACUACUUCACAAGGAAUGGCUGGAGGCCAUUAUUGACAGGUACUUCCGUAUGAUGGCAGAGGUAUACGGUAUAGACUUCACACCGUAUUGGACAGGACAUUUAUCAUGACUGUAGAGGAAAUGACAUGCUAUCCUGGUCUUCAUCAAUACUCCUAAAAUGACGUUCUACAUUUCAUUUUAAUAUUUUGUUUUAUUAUUUAUUUACUAUUUUUAUUAAGUUUCUAUGGACUGUUUAUUAAAACCGGGUACUUUAAUGGCAUAGUUCAUACAGAAGCAAUAAAUCCUUGAAUUUCAGCCUUUGCCUUGAUUUUACAAAGAUCAUAAUAAAUCGAAAGCUAGGUAUAGUAGAGCCAAAAUGAAUUAAUUUGUACUAUAGAGCUUUUUUGUUCUAUAACUUGUCAGAGAUACUAAGGAUGUUGAUAGGAGGCUACCAAAAGUUAAGCCCAUAAAAGAUUAAAAACGAAACACCGAAAUCAGAAUGGGAGCUGUGCAAAGCACCUAUAUUUCCAAAUUUUUUGUACUAUCUAAUAUUGUAUUUCACAAGAACAUUAAGUACAUGUGUAUGAACUAAAUUGAAACAAGCAGGUUAUGAAUAACCUCGGGGAUUUAAAAAUCCACCAGCUGAGUGUCUCCCAGUACUGGCAAUCUCAAAGGAUGUACAUGUACAUCACUUGGUAUAAAAUUUGGUAUAAAACUCAGGAAAAGUCCUUGAAUUGUCUUUUAUUUUAAAAUGAAAUACAGAAGAUAAUUGUGUUUUCCUGAAAUAUUCACACAAAAAAUCUACAGAAAGUUGCAAUCAUGAGCUAUAUUUUCUAUUUUUUUUUUUUUCCCCCCCUUUUUUUCGUCUUUGGUGAUUAUGACAGAUAAUGUACAGGUAUACAUAUGUUAAUUGGUAGGGUUUAUUUAGUCACCUGAAUAUAAACAAUAGUUUGAUAUUUUUUAACAUGAAAUGAGUUGUUACGUUUAUAUAUUUAGUUAUUGUAUCAGUAGAUUGACAUAAUGUUGGUACUUCUGUUGUUUUUACGUCGAGAUAGGGAUUACAUGUAUUUCUCUGGUUGUAGAAGUAAAUUUCUCGGGAAACACGUAGGGAACAGAGUGAGCUCCCUGCUGCUUGGUAUACUGUAUUCGACCUAAUAAGCACACCUGCACUUUAAGCACCCCGAACUAUUUCAGGAAAAGGAGAUAGGUGUACAGAUUAAGCAUAUAAAAACUUCCUUACAUCAUUGAUCUUCUUAUAUUAUUUUCAGCCUUUUAACCAAAUACUUUGAAUCGUUUUUGCUUCAAAAGGAUGCAAAUUAUAUUUUUCUUUUUUAAGUUUUCCAAGAAAAUCAUGAAAUAUUUUCUCUGACUAUUGAUUUAUUGAUCCCCUUUCUUUUGUGUCUUUAUAAGCACACAGUUCACUUAUUAGGUCAAAUACGGUAUGAAGGAUGUACUCAUCCUUUUCCAUUUGUUUCUAUUUAAUAUUGUUUAUUUAAAUUGGAUUAUUAAAUGAAAGAAAUAACACAAGUUUUUUUUAUCAGGAGUUUCCAGUUUCUUCCCUAUUUACCAGAUAGUGAAGAUGAUUAUUUAUUUAUAUUUUCUGUCUAGGGUUUUAUCUGUCUGUGCCUUUUCUCAUAAUAUUGUCAGCAUUAAAAUUAUUUCAACAGACUUUUUCCACAAUAGAUGUAUUUACUAAGUGAAAUUGCUAUUUAUUAUGUUUUAAAAUUAAUCAUAUAUGUAACAUGAUAAAUCAUAUAAUUAUGUAGCAUGAUAUUGAAAGAUCAUAUUUAACUAUUAAAAAUGUGCCAUGGCAUUAGAAUGUCAAAUACAUGUAUACAACUGUAUUUUUUUUGUAUAUUUUCAAAAUUAUUAAUUUUCAAUUUAUUUAUUAUUGUUGUUUUAUAUUAAAUAUUUUGUAUAC